AUGGCGGCUAGAGGGUUUCCCACAAUCAAGACCAUCCGGUCCUUCGUUAUUGGCGGGGUUGGGUCGGGUGGUGACUACCACAAUGUAAAAGGGGGGCAUUGGUUAAUCGAUUCGCCGAUCUCAACGCCCUGCUCCCAAUGGGAAAAGUACCGAGCUUCCCGCACAAGUUGGGGCAUCAACGUUCUGGGUUCCUUCUUUGUUGAGAUCGAGGCCAGCGAUGGUACGAUUGGGUUUGCCACUGGGUUCGGAGGACCCCCGGCAUGCUGGCUUGUCCACCAGCACUUUGAGCGCUUCCUCAUCGGCGCUGACCCCCGCAACACGAACCACCUCUUCGAACAAAUGUACCGCGCCUCCAUGUUUUACGGCCGCAAGGGCCUCCCGGUCGCCGUCAUCUCAGUCAUCGACUUGGCUCUCUGGGAUUUGCUGGGCAAGAUCCGUGGCGAGCCCGUCUACAAACUAAUCGGCGGUAACACGAAGGACCGCAUCAACUUCUACUGCACCGGCCCCGAGCCAACCGCAGCGAAAGCCAUGGGGUUCUGGGGCGCCAAGGUGCCUCUCCCAUACUGUCCCGAAGAAGGCCACGCCGGUCUCAAAAAGAAUGUCGAGUUCCUCCGCAAACAUCGGGAGUCUGUCGGUCCGGAUUUCCCGCUCAUGGUCGACUGCUACAUGUCACUAAAUGUGCCUUACACCAUCGAGAUCGCCAAGGCUUGUGAGGACCUCAACAUCAACUGGUGGGAAGAGUGUCUCACUCCCGACGACACCGACGGCUUCGAGCAAAUUAAGCGCGCCCACCCUACCAUCAAGUUCACGACCGGCGAGCACGAAUACUCUCGCUACGGUUUCCGCAAGCUUAUCGAAGGCCGCAACCUCGACAUCAUCCAGCCUGACGUGAUGUGGCUCGGCGGCCUGACCGAGCUUCUGAGGGUUUCGGCCAUGGCGGCGGCGUAUGAUAUCCCCGUCGUGCCACACGCGAGUGGGCCAUACAGCUACCACUUUGUUAUCAGCCAACCGAACACGCCGUUCCAGGAGUACUUGGCCAAUUCGCCCGACGGCAAGAGUGUGUUACCGGUGUUCGGAGAUUUAUUCCUCGACGAGCCGAUCCCGACAAAGGGGUUCCUGACCGCGUCCGAACUGGAUAGACCUGGCUUUGGCUUGACGCUGAACCCGGCGGCUCGGGCGAAGCUGAUUCCAGGGGCUGCGUUGCUAACGUUGCCGAAGAACACGCUACCCUCGCCGGAGGAGGGGAAACCGGCCGAGGAAAAGAAGUGA